UUGGGGUGAUGCUCCAGUUCACUCAAUAGCACUUGCUAUGUUUCUGGAAAAAUCUAAAAUACACUUCUUUAAUGAUAUAGCAUACAUGCAUCCGCCUUUUCAGCAUUGUCCAAUCGAGAAAUGGUUUCAUGAAUCUGGCAAAUGUCAUUGUGAUCCCAAUGGGAAUUUCGAUUCCAAAUGGGGUUCAUGUACUGAAAAUUG